CGGGUCACGGCAGAGGACAGUUACAGCCGCGGGCGUCAGAAAUUACGAUGCGCACCUCAGCAUAGAAACAGCUACAACUUACACAGUGAGCUGAGAGAUCGCAGGUGUUCUGGGAUCAUCUCGGACGGGACAGAGACUCACAGAUGGAGGCUGAGACAGGUGAGGUCGUGAGGCUGACGGUCAUCAGGGGGGGUGAUGGUCAGCUGGGCUUCAGUGUGCGAGGAGGAUCUGAACACGGACUCGACGUCUUCAUCAGCAGAGUACAGAAACACAGCGCCGCAGAGCUGGCGGGUCUGUGUGUGGGUGAUAAGCUGCUGGAGGUGAACGGCGUGAGUCUGGAGAACAUCAGCAUGAGCAGCGCUGUGAAUGUGUUGACGGGUCACGCUCGUCUCCAUCUGCUCGUCCAGCGGGUGGGACGCGUGCCUGGCCUUCGCUUCACUAACGAGAAGACCACCUGGGUGGAUCUGAUCCAUCGGCGGAUGGUGGUGGAGGAAUCGGACGCUCCCGUCUCAGAUGCAGCGCUGUGUCGAACCGUUCACCUCCAUCUCUCUAAACACCAGUCCUGCCUGGGACUCAACAUCCGCGGAGGACGAGAAUACAACCUGGGCAUCUACAUCUCCAAGCUGGAUCCCGGGGGUCUGGCAGAACAGGGCGGAGUUAAGAUAGGGGAUCAGAUCCUGUCGGCCAAUGGCGUGAGCUUUGAGAACAUCAACCACUACAGAGCAGUGGAAGUGCUGAAGAGUCAGCCUCAUGUCAUCCUGACUAUUAAAGAAGCAGGCAGAUAUCCAGCCUACAAAGAAAUGGUGACAGAACUCAGCUGGGUGAAUAAAACGGGCAGCGGAACCGUCUAUUCGUCCUCACAAGGGUCGGAGUCUCUCUCAUCCACCUCCUCUCUGUCCUCCGGCACGCCCCUCGGCUCUGUGAGCAGACUCUCUCAAGCGACUCUGCCUGUUAGCUUGCCUUUAAGAGCCAAAAUGUCUGACGUCUACGGCUCCACCGAGGCCCAGUUUCAUCCGGAUUCCACUGAAAGUGACAGUCGUUCAGAGCAGCUGCGGACCGUGAGCCGAGGAGCCACAGAACUGCUGCAGGACUCCGUGAUCCGGAGCGAAGCAGAGUCAGGAGAGAGAAGAAGGGAAGGCAGGAAAACAUCUCUGCUUUCAGCUUUCAGCCGACCGAGGCCUCCGAUACGCCGAACUCGAAGUCAUGUGACCGUGUCAGAAGAGGAAAAGAAACAGAAGAUGAAGCAGACAGGAAGAGGAGAAGAGGAGAGCAGUGCGCUGCAGCGCUCCAAAGCGUUCUUCAGUCUGUUUCGAAAGCGAGAUUCCUCAAGAUCACGCUCCAGAUCUCCGUCUCGCUCAGAGAGCAGUCUGGACAGGUGUUUAUCUGAGAGGGACGCUCUAACACAGGUGCGAGCAGUGGCCCUCAGAUUGCUGGAGGAUGAAGAUGUGCUCAUGCUGAUGGAUAUCUGUGAGCGGUAUUUAGCAGAGCGAGGGCUGACGACGCUCGUGCAUCCGCUCCUAGCCGUCCUGAACACGCCAGAGAAGCUCCUUCUGCUCCGAGAGAUCAGAUCGCUCGUGUCCUCCAGUGAUCUUCUGCUCUUCAACAGCAUGGUGUCUCCAUUCGAAGAAGACGCGUACGAUAUUCUGAAGAGUCGCUCACGCAGAAGUUCUCCUCUCCGCUCUCCUCAGACAGGCCACGCCCCCCGACACCACCUCGUCACACCUGUACCAGAUCUGCACGGUGGAUUGGAGCUUCAUGCCGCGGAGGAUCUUGAGAGAGAGAAUCAGCUUCCGGAAGGUCUGGAGCAGCUGCGUCUGUCCUGCGGUCAAGACCAGAAUGAGUUCAGAGGCUUCAGCCCGUUACUGGACGUCCCCGUGGACACUUACGGUCAUUCAGACUCAUUAACCUCCUCCAGGACGUCUGCGUUGCUUCCCAACUGGCUGCUGACGGAGAACACGCGUCCAGACUCCGGCCAAACGCUGGAAGACGCUCUCAGCCGCAGGAACGGUCACUCAGAGAGGAGAGCAGAUGUGCUGUUCACUGUAGUGGACGCGCCUCGACACAAGAGGCCGCUGCUCUCACAGGUCUUCGGUUCCCUGAAGAAGUCCCAUAGUUCAACAGUGACGCCUGCGGUGGAGUCUGUAUGUGAGAAACACACCUGUGAAGAGUUUGAGCUCAGCACCGUCCACAUCAGCAAGACCAAGCAGUCUCUGGGGAUCAGUGUAUCUGGAGGAUCAGAGUCGCGGGUUCAGCCCGUGGUGAAGAUCGAGAGGAUUUUCCCAGGAGGAGCUGCAUCUGCGAGUGAUGCUCUGCAGGCUGGUUUUGAGCUGGUGUCGGUGGACGGUGUCUCUCUGCAGGCCGUCACCCAUCAGGACGCUGUGGAGAUCAUUCGACAGGCCUUCAGUAAUAAGAACAUCAACCAAAUGGAUGUAGUUGUUGGUGUUGAGUUAGAGGAGAGAGUAUAG